ACAGAUCAAAGCUUGGAUGAAGAAAAAGACACGCGAAGUGAAGAAAGUCCCACACCUAAAUUCACUAGCAUUAACGGUAGUAAAAAUAAAUUUUUAAGUGGCAGUGCUACUGCAAAAGAUAUUGAAAGUGCGUACAAAAAGCCACAAAGAUAA